AUGGUCGAAGCAGAAGAAGAAGAUCAAACAAAAUUUAUUGAAUCUCAGGCUCCAGAAACAGACAGCCAGAUUCAAAAAUGGAUAGAAUCACUGUCCAAAUCUCCUGAAGUUCUUCAGGCUCUACAAAACAUAACUCAGGCCAAUCAGGCCCAGAAAGGAUUUACCUCACCAAAAGGCUCUACCUCACGAGAUGAAUUUGGGCUGAGGCAAUAUAGCUACAAUGAACUAGCAGAAGCAACUGAUAAGUUUUGCAACAGCAAACUCCUCGGCAAGGGUGGUUUUGGUCUAUUCUUCAAGGCAACACUAGGUGGCAAAAAAUUUGCCAUUAAGAAACUUAAAAUUGGUUGGGAUGAAAGGUCACAGUCGAAAGAAGAAUCGGAGAAGGAGAUAAAGGUUGUUAGCCAAGUGAGUCACAAAAAUCUUGUUAAGUUGCUUGGAUACUGCAUUGAAGGAGACGAUAUAUUGCUUGUUUUAGAGUACGUUCCAAAAAAAUCUUUGAGACAUCAUUUACAUGGUACACCCAAAAUCAUUCAUCGUGAUGUUAAGGCCGAUAAUAUACUUAUUGACGAUAAAUAUGAGCCAAAGGUCGCAGAUUUUGGGCUUGACCUUCUUUUUCCGGAAAUUGGUAGCUUCACUCACAUCAUUAGAUUAAACAAGGGAACUGAAGUUUAUGCAGAAACAGAGCAUUAUCCUUCUCAAAAUGUUGCUAAAAAGUCAUAUGUUUAUUCCUAUAGUGUGGCAAAACCUCGGAUUCAAUGUGCUUUGCGCAACGAAGACUAUAAAAAUCUUGUCGAUUCCAAAUUAUUGCAAAUGGAUUAUAACAAAAAAGAAAUGGCAGCAAUGAUUUCUUAUAAUCCUGAGUCUAGUGGAUCUUAUAAUAUUGAGCCCAAUGGAUCUCAGAAACUAAAGCCUCAUGUCAGUUCAAAAGCUAAUGAAUCUCAUAAUUUUGAGCCUAAGGAAGCUCAUACUGUUGAGUCCAAUGGAUCACUAGAGCCGAAGCCUCUUGUCAGUUCGGAAGUUAAUGGAUCUCAUAAUGUUGAGCCCAAUGGAUCUCAGAAGCCGAAGCCUCUUAUCAGUUCAGAAGUUAAUGAAUCUCAUAAUGUUGAGCCCAAUGGAUCUCAGAAACCGAAGCCUCUUGUCAAUUUAGAAGCUUAUAAUGGCAUUGAACAGAGGCAAUUUACUUAUCGAGAACUCGCAAUCGCAACCAAUGGUUCCUCCGAUACCACUAAUGGCACUGAGAGGUUUCAAGAUCAUCAGCAGAGGAAAAUUAAUUUUCAAGAAGAUUAUCAGCCUAGAAGAUUUACUUAUCAAGAACUGACAAUGGCAACUGGAGGUUUCUACGAGGACAACCGUCUUGACGAGGGUGCUUUGGGCCAAGUUUAUAAGGGAGACCUAAAUGGUGAAAAGGUCGCAGUUAAGAAAUUUAAUAAUCCUAAGAAGCAAGAAGAAGAAUACACAAAGAUGAAAGCUAUUGCUAGUGGAUACCAUCACAAAGAUCUUGUUAACCUUAUUGGAUGCUGCGAAGAAGGAGCCAAUAGACUGCUUGUUUAUGAGUUUGUUCCGCAGUGCAAAUCCUCGAGACAUUAUUUUGAUGAACUAAAGCGUUUAGGUAAGGACGGUUGUUGGUGCAUAUUUCAUGGAGCUUGCAUACGAUCGGCAGAAGCCUUGAAAAUAUUUACUCGUGACAUAUAUCAGUGCAUUGGAAGGACGCAUUUUUUUCUUGAUGAUCAUUGUGAGCUCAAGAUUGCAGAGUAUGGACGUGAAAAGUUUUCUUCACAUUUCAAAGUUACUCGUAACUCCGCUAGAUGUAUGGCUUCUGAAUAUACUAGUACCCUUGAGUUCACCGAGAAGAUUACUAUUUAUUCUUAUGGUGUGAUGCUUCUGGAGAUGAUAAUUAGAGAAAAACAUUUUGAUGAUAUAGUUCAAUGGGGUGUGCCUCAACUUAAAAGAGCUUUGUCCAACAGAAACUUUGAUUUUUUGGACAAGAGAUUAAAGAAGCAUAGCAAAAUUGAAAUAAAUCGAAUGAUUGCUUGUGCCUUAGUUUGUUUCCAUGAUAAUCCACAAAAUCGACUAAAAAUGAGACAGAUAGUUGAAGUUGUUAAAGGAAAACUCGAUCUGCAAGAUCUCUACAAAGGGGAACAACAGCUAACAAAGCAAGUUGAGCUAACCUUCGGCUUGGAAUCUCUGCCCAAGUCCAAGAUUAUGGCAAGUUGA